AUGGAAUCAAAUAGAAAAGUUGUAUUGGUAACAGGUGGAGGAGGAUUAGUAGGAAAGGGAAUAGAACAAUAUGUAAAGGAAAACAACAGACCUAAUGAACAAUGGGUGUUUCUCAGAUCAUCGGAUGGAGACAUUCGAUCAAAGGAACAGACGACCGCCAUCUUUACCAAAUACAAACCAACUCACGUCAUUCAUUUGGCUGCUCGUGUCGGUGGUCUAUUUAGCAACAUGAGACACAAAGUUGAAUUCUUUAGAGAAAAUAUUGCAAUCAAUGAUAACAUAUUAUCUUGUUGUAAAGAGUUUAAUGUAAUAAAAUGUGUAUCAUGUUUAUCAACUUGUAUAUUCCCAGACAAGACAACUUAUCCAAUUGAUGAGACGAUGGUUCAUAAUGGACCACCCCAUCCAUCAAAUGAAGGGUACGCCUAUGCCAAGAGAAUGUUGGAUGUAUUGGGACGUGCCUAUAACGAAGAGUAUGGAUCGUCGUGUCGUUUUACAACUGUGAUUCCAACCAAUAUCUAUGGUCCACAUGAUAACUAUCAUAUUGCAGACAGUCAUGUCAUCCCAGGUCUCAUCCACAAGACCUAUUUGGCCAUGAAGAACAACACCGAUCUCACUAUCAUGGGUACUGGCAAACCACUACGUCAAUUCAUCUAUUCGUUGGAUUUGGCCAAACUCUUUGUUUGGGUGCUCGACAACUACGACGAGCUCGAUCCAAUCAUCUUGUCAGUCGACGAUCAAGACGAAGUAUCCAUCACCGACGUUGUCACCAUGAUCACCGAGGCCAUGGGGUUCAAGGGCAAGAUCAUCUACGACACGUCCAAGGCAGAUGGUCAAUACAAAAAAACAGCCAGCAACAAAAAACUAAGAUCCCUCUACCCCAACCUUUCCUUUACCCCAAUGAAAGAUGCCAUUAAAGUUUCAUCUCAAUGGUUUAUUAAUAAUUUUGAAGUUGCUAGAAAGUAG